AGGGGCUCCUCGUGGACGCCGAGCUCCGCCAGGCGCUGCUGGGCGCGCUCUCGGCCGCGGGCGGUGGGCGACCCGCGGGCGCCCAGGCGGCCGCCCCGGGGCCCGGGCCCUUCCGGCAGCUCCUCGGGCCGGGGACCGACGCGAGGCCGAGGGCGAGGCUGCUGCGCGUGGUGCGGCACCUGCGCAACCUGAGCCUUCGGCGCAGCCGGCGCCUGGCGGCGGUGGAGGCGGGGGUCUACGAGUACGAGUGCAGCAACGAGGACGGCCUCGGCGCAGGCUGGCUGGGCGAGGCGGGCGUUCCCGAGGGGGGGUCGGUGUCGGACGUGGUCGUGCGCGCCGGCGCCGGCGAUGAUCCUGUCGCCAUCGACGCGAGCAUGAACUUCACGAUUGGACCCGCCGUUGGCAUCGGUGACGAGCAUGUGAUCGCUGGCCACAUGGAGGUGCUGUACGCUUCACCAGAAGGCAUCGGGGGCAACAUCACGGCGGGCUUCAUCAACCUGCGGUCCACGCUCUCGGGCACGUGGGAGGCGGGAGCGGACGGCCUGGAUGGGCCCGUGCAGAUCCACCUCUCGGAGCCGGACCUGUACAUGGAGGAGGACUGGACGUGGCAGCCGUCGCUCAGCGUCCGCGCGUAGCGGCGCGCAACCCGUGUGCGGCUAGGGUCACGUCGGGAGGAUCAAAGGGCUCCACGAGGGCGAUUCUUUUGUCCUCUGCUGCUCCUUGUCUGACGGGUUGUGUUCGGGCUGCGCGAUGGGGGUUCGUGUGGAGCAGCGCGCAGCCAGCGUGUCUCAUCUCAUCCAUGGGCGGGCCUCUGCUUUCCUACACUCUCUCCGGCCAGAUGGCCUGUCGUGGUCGCGAGCGGGAGUGCCAGGCGUAGAUCGCUGAAGCGACUGGCCGCUGGCCCCGGGUAGCGCGACAGUUGGCACCGCAGCUUGUCUCUGGGGACGAAGAGGUACGCGCACCGCUACACUCGCCUCGUUUUCCCCUUUUGGGGCCUCCUGUGAGGCCCUCGUCGGCACCGCUGGAUUCGCUUCGACAUUCUGGUCAGAACGCACCCUGGGAGAGGUCAGGGAGUAGCGGCAUGGGUACCUUUGGGUUUCCCCAUUGCCGGCUGGAGUCAGGAUCCGUGCAUGGUUGUGCAAAGGUUGCAACUUGCGAAGGUAUUUAGUUGGCCGCCAGACUAGGUCGCGGUGUUUUUUUUUGUGAGAGUGCCGUUUCAUUUUUUUUGGAGUUGCUCAUGCACCCUUGUCCAGCAUAGCUGUCGCAGUAGCUUCAGGUCGGGCUUAGAGGUGACACUCUUGCCAUCUGUGGGGCUGUCGGAGGCAGCUGCAUUUCCUGUAGUGGUUUCCCAGGAAAACUUCACUAUCCAGCUGCCUGCGGCAAGUCCCACCAACAUGCCAGCCCAGCAUUCUGGGUAGCGUUUUUUCGAGGGCCGGGGUGUCUCUCUCUGAACACGGAAGCCCUGCCGGGCAGUCCUUGGCCUUCUUUCGCGCCGCGACCUGCGCAAGGCACGGUGUGGCGAAUUCUCUUCGGCUCCAUCGCUCCCGCUCUCAAUUCUACCUCUCUCGCGCCGCAGUGCACCAUGUUGUCGCACACGUUUGCAGACCAGUGGCAUCAGCGUCUUCUGCGCUUGACCGCAGGGAGUGCUGAGAGCGUGCUGCUUGUAGUAUGCUUCCCAGAGAUACGAUACCCAUGAUGUCUAUAACCGCGGGAAGCGAUUAUCGACUUCCUUUCGGC